AUGCCUAUGAAAAACUUCUUAAAUAGGACAAAGAAGUCUGACAAUAAAGAAAGAGACCCGGCGGAUGCUGAAGAUAGAGCGUUUUUAGACAUGCAACCGGUUACCUCGUCCACUAUGAGUACAUCAACAGAGGAAUCACAGGACUCUAUUCAUCGGUUGCGACCAAUGUUCAGCUCACCAUUAGCGAAAGCAGAAGACGAAAACAAACAUAAUAGCCAGAAGUUUAAUUUCACGCAUGAUACAAAUUUGAAUUCGAAUCCGUCAAUCCUGAAUACGAACCUGGCACCUUCGGUGAUGACCAAGGACUCAGAAAACAUGGUAAAUUCCAUGUAUUCGGAAAGUAAGAAGACUUACUCGACUAAACAGUCGUCAUACUUGACCCAAAAUAGUCAGAAGAAGACAGGGGCUUCUGCGGCUAGAAAUUUCGAAUAUGGGCAACCGUUACAAAUUUUGAAUAUUGCUGAAGAAUCGAGAGAAAACCGGGAUAUUAAGGGCUCAGUUAUUGAUAAGGUUCAUGAGUUAUACGAGGAUCUCUUGUUUUUUAUGAAUCAGUACAACAACUCGUCGAUCAAUUUGUCUACGACUGCGAUCAACACUAUAGAUUGCUUUAAGAAGUUUGUUUCCUUUGCUGAAAGCUUUGAUUCUGACUCUGAAUCUUGGGACAUUACAACUUUCAAUAAUGGGGAUAUGAGAAGGAUCAUGAAAAUUUAUUUACACUUCUACGAUAAUCUAUUGGCAAGUGACGUUUACAUAAAGUUGAAGUUGUUGUUAGUUAAGAACUUCAAUGAUUUUGCCACGACACUUAAAAGUAGGAAUAAGCCGGUGAAUAAUUCAAUGCAAAACAUGGUAAAGCCCCAAAAUUAUGCUAUUGGUAUUAACCCUGAUAAAUCAUUACCCAAUGAAGACUUGAUAGAGAAAAUUAUGAAGAAAAUUGCUUCUACAUCCAUCUCAGUAAAGGAGCAAAAUGGAUCGUUUAUUGCACCAAUUGCCCGUGGAAUAAGUAAUGAUUUAAAUAUUCUUUGCUUGUAUUUUGGAUAUCCAAAUCCAACGGACGUGCACUCAAAAUUAAUUCAAAGUUUGCAUGGUUUAUAUGACGAUAUACAUGUGGUCGUUAUGAAAAAUCAGAUAGAAUUAGCGUCCGUUAUGGCGGAAUCCGCAAAUAUUCCAUUUUCAAAUUAUAAAGCAUCAGAAUCGGUACUCCCUUCAACACAAGUGGAGAAUGUUGUCCGUAAAUUCAAAUUGCCAUUCCGUAACCCUACUGAUAGUUCACGUCCACCAAUCUCACUUUCAUUAUCAGUCGAGAAUGCAUCAAGGCUUUCAGGUACUAUGGGUGGUUAUAUUUAUCCUCAAAUUGACUUGGAGAAACAGCCACACUUAGAAUCCUACACAAACUCGAAAUUUGCUAUUUCCUGCGGACAUGUUUGUCUUGAUAAUAACGAUGAAGACGUAAACUAUCCCCAUGUGUCGGCACCACUGGCAGUAUUAAUCUCCUUGUACAAGAAAGCUUUAUGGAGCCAAUAUCAAAAGUUUUCCCAACAAGGCAAUGAUGUUUCUACGAUGGAAGAAAGGAUUGCAUAUGGUUCAGUGUUGAAAAAUUUGGAUAAAAUGUUCCCAUUGAAGAAAGUCAAAGUGCCAUAUUCCAGUAAAAGAGAAGGACAUGAGAUCAGAAAUUUACCAGAGCAUAGGUUUGGUCAAAUCAUUUGGGGUGAAAGAACAUUAAUAAAUCUGAAAGGAAGUGAUAAGGAAAGUCAAGAUGUAGAAAAUAAAUUAUCGGAUUUAGCAAUAAUCAAAGUUAAUAAAAAUUUGAAAUGUGACCAGAACUUCUUGGGAGAUGAUAUUGCAUUCAACGAAUAUGACCCUGCAUUAAUGUUUGAUAAUCUUUAUGUCAGGAAAGUGGUUAACCUUAAGAGAGAGUCUGAAGAUCUAAAUAUAAACGAAGUAGACUCAGUUGCAUCAGCUAAUUCAAAUUAUAGUGGAUUGCCAAUUUUUAAAUAUGGAUCGACAACAAAAUUCACAAGAGGAAAUUUAAAUGGAAUUAAGUUGGUAUAUUGGUUAGAUGGCGCAAUACAUUCCUCUGAAUUUGUAAUAAAUUCGGUAGAAAGUAAUACUGCUUUUGCCGCUGGCGGUGACAGUGGUUCAUGGAUCUUAACGAAAUUGGAGGAUUGCACGUCUGAAUCGAAUUCAAAGGGUCUCGGUGUGGUUGGGAUGUUGCAUUCGUAUGACGGUGAGCACAGGCAAUUUGGUUUAUUCACACCUAUGUGUGAGAUUUUGGAAAGGCUUGAAACGGUUACAAAUAUUAAAUGGGGUGUUGUUGGGGUGCCACAAAAGGAUGAGCGUAUCUCUGGCCAUGAAGUUGAUUCAGGACUGUCCGCUAGCGACAGUGAUAGUGAUAAUUCUGAUUCAGUUGAUGAUACUGAGUAUGAGAGCGGAGCAGAAGAAUUGGAAGAUGCAUGCCCACCCGAAAUCGAUUGA